CAAAAGUUGGAGCACUGUGGUCUUUUAAAAAAGAUGCAUUUACUUGUUUUUAAAAGAUACACAUUCUAAGCGGCUUGCUGAAUAUGACUUUCGUUAUGGAGCUUUAAGUGCUUGGAUGUCUAAAAUUAAGAUUUUACCUCAUUUAUAUUCAUUCUGUUCAACAAGCAAAAGACAGGAAGAGAACUGGGGGCGCAAAACAAGGUGUAAAGACGGCUGUACUUACAAGUUUUUCCAGUAGGGAUGUCCCAGUUUAACAAUCAGAGUGGCAUGACUAUGGGUGUAAAAAAUGGGGAUGUGCCUCCACAUCUAAAAGAGGAGCAGGAGGAUGAGACGUACAUGUCAAAUAACUGUGGCACUUCUCUACAUUCUGAGGAAAACUUGUGCUCUCAGAGUGCGUACAAGACAGCACACAGACAUGUACUCCUACUAGAGGGUCAGAGUCCUCAGCCCACCCAGAACAGACCGUCUGUGCUCUGCUCCACCUUUCUGCAACCUUUGGAACACACCAGUUUUUCUCAGUUCUCACAUAAAAAGUGUGAGUCAGCAGUUAAGAAUGGCAGAAAAAACAGUGAACAGAGUUCUCGUCAAGUACAAACUGAUGAACACACAACCCCCAUCACUCAUAUGAACAGCCUUAUCCAGUCAAAUAUGAUAAGCACUCUGUUUGUUAAUGGACGAUGCCGCUGGCCUGAUUGUGAUGAAGCCUUCAAAGACUAUCCUGUUUUCCUGAAACAUCUGAACAAUGGACACAGCUGGGGAGAAAAAACAAUUGCACAGUGGAGAGUGCAGGAAGAAAGGGUGCGGCAGAUGGAAAGUCAGCUUGUUGAGGAAAGACAGACACUCAAUGCUAUGCAGCUCCAUCUAAGACUGACUGAACACACGAGAGCAGCUCUAGGCUGGUGGAGUCCGCUGGCACUGCCUGCGCCUCCAUCUGAGGAGCCAGAUGGAAGUGUAGAGUGGGCCACUGAUGCCACAGGGCGCCACAAAUACUGGCACACGGCCACCCCCCACCUACUGACAGAUUUUGUGAACAGUAUGGAAUGCUACAAAUUUGUCAAUAUCAGACCUCCAUAUACUUACGCUUUUCUCAUCAGAUGUUCAAUACUGGAGGCACCAGAUAAGCAAAGGGCUCUGAAUGAGAUCUACAGUUGGUUCAUUCAAAAGUUCUUUUACUUUCGUCACAACACACCCACAUGGAAGAAUGCAGUCCGUCACAACCUCAGCCUUCACAAGUGCUUUGUGCGGGUGGACGGAGGGAAAGGCGCAGUGUGGACUGUGGAUGAGAAGGAGUUUCAGAAAAGAAAGGGCCAGAGGUUUAACAGGGAUUCUUUCCGAUGGAUGUCUCAUUUCUCUCAUCCCCCCAAGGUGCCCUAAGCUUUCCGACUGCAUACACUGAGGAGCUGUUUCACACAAUGUUGUUGAAAGGGGGUAGCUUUUUAAAUUUUUAUUAUUGUUAAUAUUUUGUUUAUAGAGUAGCAUUCUGUCCAGUAGAAAUAGUAAUAAUCUUACUGACAGAACCUUGAGAAUAGAUAAAUGUAUCUAGUAUUUACUAGUAUAACAAUUACAACAAACCAAAUACUGUAUAUGUAUUUGUUUUUAUAUUUGUUACUAAUUUUAACCUUAAAUAUUCCUGUUCUACUUACAUACAGUAAAUUUUUUAAAUGUAAGCAUUUAUUUAUAGAAUAAAGCAAACUUAUCUGCCAAUAAAAUAAGAAUAUUUAAAGCUUAAGAGUUAU